UCGGUGAUUUGGUGUGAAGUAGAUAGAUACAGCAGCCCAAGGGAUUCCAACGGGAAGUGAAGAAUCGUAUGGUACGGCCCUGGGGUUUAAGGAGGGCGAUUGCGAUGGUGGGGAUGAAGCGAAUAGGCCUACCACGAAUGUUUUUCGCUAUUGUUCGGUGAUGUCGCGUAAAACACAAUUUUUUUAAGUGAAUCUCGGUUUACGGGUGAAAAUUUCGAUGAUAAUGUUCUUCGUGUCGAUCGGGAUGGAGUACCCACUGCGCGAGAAACACAGAUUGCGGUAAUACCGGGUCGAAAUCUCCAAAUAAACCCUCCGAAACCCUUUGUCAUGGACAUGCAGGCCUCCAAUGUAUAUACAUCCAUCCCUGGGAUGCCAGAGCUGGGGAUGGUAUGGAUGAGUGACAUGAUGAUGCAUGGGGAGCCAACACAUGAGUUAAUGCUAGACCCGCGCCAACCAGAAAGCCCUUUUUUCUCUCAUGGAUCUCAUUCUUUUGACGAUCUGCGUAAUCAUCACAUGGGCCCGCCUACUAUGGUGCGAUAUUUGGCCCCACAGUUUACUGCCGAAUGCUCAGAACCUGACGAAGCGAUGGAGGCUGUGGAUACUCAAGAAAUACAAAAUGAAUAUGACCCGCAAACUGGGCCAGAGAUGAGCGAGUACAUGACUAUAGAGGAUUACAUGGCUGAUGGAGAUCGUGAACAGGUGGUCACAAAUGCAGCUACGCAGACCCAAGACAAUCGAAACCGCAAGAUCAAACCUAUAAAACAUCCAGGCUUGGUCCUAAAGACUCCAAUUGCUUAUCAGCCACAUACAGAUUUGAACUUUAUACCUAUCCGUAAGGAUGGCAUUGCUGUGUGUGAAAAAUGUGGUGCAAUUGGUGUGAAGCACGCGUUCUACACCAAGGAGCGUCGGUUUUGCAGUAGAGCAUGCGCCCGAUCUUCAGAGCAUACUGCCCCUACAGCUGAUUCUACUUACAGUCCGUCACAUCCACAACAACGCACUUCAAGUAACCCUGCUUCACCAGAGGAUGUAAAAGCCAUUCCUAACGAGACGAUUGCUGAUGAAGAUGACAAGGAAUCGAGUGACUACUCGAAAGCUGAGGUGGAAAAAGACAAAGUAGUCGCAGAACCUGCAAUGCCAGAAGAUCUUCCAGUGAGGAGAAAACGCACGGCUGAAAUGGCAGGUUCUUACGAUUGGACCCAACAACUCACUGAGCCUGGAUUUUGCGCUGCACCGGUUUCCUGUUUUAAGCAUGCGCCAAUAUCCGAAAUAUGGGAUAAUAUAACAGUUGGGAUGAAAGUUGAAGUGGAAAAUACGGAUUGUGAUGAAGUUUGUGAAGCAUUUCCAGAUUCCUUUUGGGUCGCAACUGUGCUUCGUAUCUCUGGAUACAGAGCACUGCUAAGGUACGAGGGGUUUGGUCACAACGCAGACAAAGACUUCUGGGUUUCGCUGUGCUCAAACGAUAUCCACCCUGUGGGCUGGUGUGCGACCAUUGGGAAGCCCUUAAUACCACCAAACACAAUAGCAAACAAGUACAAAGAUUGGAAGGAUUUCCUAAUGAGGCGAUUAACUGGCGCUAGAACACUGCCAACUAACUUUUACAACAAGGUUAACGAUAGUAUGAAAUCUCGAUUCCGAUGUGGACUUCAUUUAGAAGUGGUGGACAAGAAUAGAAUUUCACAAGUAAAAGUUGCGACAGUGCAAAAAAUUAUAGGAAAACGUUUACACGUCAGAUACUACGACUCUUCUCCGGAAGAUAACGGAUUUUGGUGCCACGAAGACUCACCUCUGAUUCAUCCUGUCGGAUGGGCAAAGAAAGUAGGACAAACUCUGGAUGCGUACUCGGACUACUUGGAGCGUGUUUCGCUAGAUCAAUUGUGCGAAGAUGAUGCAAUAGACAGCUAUUUUUUGGCACAAAAGAAUCAUCAUUCACAUCAAGGUUACACGUUUCGUGAAGGGAUGAAAAUCGAGGCUAUCGAUCCUCUCAAUCUUUCUGCUAUCUGUGCAGCUACUGUGAUGCAAGUAUUAAAGGAAGAUUACAUCAUGAUUAGAAUUGACAGUUAUGACGAAGAUGCCAGCGGCGCGGAUUGGUUCUGUUAUCACUCGUGUUCACCUUGUAUUUUCCCAAUUGGUUUUUGCGCACAACAUGGAUUACCGCUAACACCUCCAAAAGGAUACGAUCCGACUUCGUUCACCUGGGAUGCUUACCUGGCUGAAACUAAUAAUAUCCCUGCACCUGUUCAACUUUUCAAUAGGGAAAUUCCACAGCAUGGAUUCAUUGAAGGAAUGCGACUAGAAGCUGCUGAUUUAAUGGAUCCUCGAUUGGUGUGCGUAGCUACAAUCACUAGGGUAAUUGGCAGGCUAUUAAGGGUACACUUUGAUGGAUGGGAGGAUGAGUAUGAUCAAUGGCUCGAUUGUCAUAGUCCGGACAUUUACCCUGUCGGGUGGUGUGACCUCGUCGACCAUAAGCUAGAAGGGCCCCGUUUGCUUGGCAAAAACACUAGUCCUACUGUAAAAUCACCAAGAGGCCUUAAACGUAAAAGUAAACGAAAACCGAAGAAAGGGGGUAAGGUGGCAUGUGCCAAAAGUAUUUUACCCCGGCAAAGUAGUAGAAUGGAAAGUCGUGAUCGUGAGAGAGAACCACAACCGGCACAAGGUACUAAAAUUGAGAGAGAACGAGAAUUAGAAAGUUUGCCGGAAGAGGGAGGCAGAGAGCCAGAAACAGCACAGGAACCGGCUGGACCUGACCAAACACUGCCAAGUCCUACUACUGGCCAAGGACAUGCUGAAAGUGAAACACGUAGUGAGGCCCAAAAUUUGAUUCCACCCAAGGGGAGAACUGCUACAUCUUAUAUUAACGUAACUUCAGCGAAUAAUAAAUUUAUUCCUCGGUUAGCGGAUGGUCUACAAAAGAAUUCAGAUUUCGGUGAUUUGGUGCCUGCUGAAUGGAAUGUUUUCGACGUUGCGCAGUUCCUUCGUGUCAAUGAUUGUGCCACGUAUUGUGACAAUUUUAGUAAGCGUAAAAUAGAUGGAAAUGCAUUGCUCACCUUGACUAAAGAUCAAAUUAUAGAUCUAACUGGUUUUAAAGUUGGGCCUUCCCUGAAGAUAUUUGAUCUUAUUCAACAAUUGAAAAUCAAAGUGAAUCCAGCUCAGGAACGGUUGAAACUAGGACUGAAAAAAUUAUUAUAACAAAGCUAGGAUAAUAGCUUAUCUUCGAUAAGAUUAUUAGUUUAGGAUAAACAUGGAUUUACAAAGUAGGCAACUGAGAAAACAAUUUGUUCCAUGCACUGUAACUCGAUAUGAUUUGCAAAUUUAUGGUGAUAAUGAUUUUUACAAACACGGAAAUCUUAAUUUAGCAGUGAAAUAUGCAAAAUUGAUUUGUUUGUGGUUCUCAGUAUGAAUUCAUGCAAACACAAACGCUACACCAAUUAUAGGAGAUUCUUAUCAAUGACUGGAUAAAAUUCUUCACUGUACUUAAACGGCUUUUGCUAUAAUCUGAUUCAAGUUCUAUAUCUGCUAGCACUUUCCGAAUUCUCGUAUGUGCUUUCAUCAUACUUACAAUUAUUGCUCAAUUCUGAUGCAAAGUAUAAACGCUGAGAAGUCAUAAACGAGCAUGUUGAAUCUUAACAGUACAGAAGACAUUACAAAACAUUUAAAAUCCGCAAGAUUAGCAUGACAAGGUAAACGAAAUUAAAAUACUAUAAUUACAAGUAUGAUUCGUAAAACGUCACACGUAUCUACAAAUUUGUAGGGAAGUUUCGAACAAGCCUAAUACCGUUGAUGUAGUAUUUAACGUUCUGAAAUUUUAGUCAACAAGGAAAAAAGUGAUUUUAUAGAAGUGACAAAUUCUUAAUUAGAGAUGACUUUGUUGAGUACAAAUUUUCACAAUUCAUAAUAUUUGAGAAAAAUUCGACAUGUAAUACCUAUAGAAAUAGGGCAACUACAGUUAGAGUAGUGUAUGUGGGACAACUUUGUCACACGUGGCGUUACGAGAAUUAAUGAAUAAUUUCGUAGUAGUUUACACAAAUAGUAAAUAUAUACAAAAAUAAGCGAUAAUCAGUUAAUACAAAUAGUCGGUGACAAUGUUGCCCCGCAACCUAUCGCUGCUCUUGCCCUACUUAACUUAUCUUUACUAUGCAAGUCGUGCAUACCUAUAUUUUAGACCAGACUUACAUUACACAUAAGUAAAGUAAAAUCCUUUAUAGUUUGCGACAUACAUGCAAUAAGAUUUUUUUCAGAAAUCUGAGAAGAUUCUUUUAUCUCACUUGACAGAAGUAAGGGAUAUUUAGGAUGUCGUGACAGGCCACUGUCAAAAUGUAACAUCUAAACCACAGUUUGACUAAAGCUUGCUCAACUUUCCCCUAUUUUGUUUAAAUUACCUAUGUAUCCACACUGGGUAUAAAAAGCAAUUCUGCUUUUUAAUUACAUUUGCUAUAUCUUAGAAUAAAUUACGUCAACAUAGAUUGUGCUAAACAAGUACGAACCAUUAGCCUAGUUAGAAUGAAUUUAAUACUGAGAACUAAUUCCAAAAAAUGGCCAAACCCAAAACUGGGAGUCAAUAUUACGAACAGCUUUUAAUUAUACAUAAACGUGAAAUACAUUCCUGCUUAAAAGCAUAUUACUCAUCUACAAAUUUGUGGUUUGCCAAUGCUGCACUCGAACAGUAUUUGGCUGGUAGUAAUUCUCAUUAUCCAAUGCGGCCGCAACGUGUAAAUCCAUUGUUUAACGCACUCCAUAUCAGGAAGAUGCAUCAGCCAUGUUGUAUGUACGUACAUCACUGAAUGAAAAGAAAAUGCAUUUUUGUUUGCCGAUACCUAAUAUCAUGUAGGUGAUUACAUUUCUCAGCACUUGUUUGUCUGUAUAAAUACUUGAAGCAUAAAAAGUUUGAAUAAGAUGCGAAUUUCCAAAAGUGGCUGGUAGAAUGGUGAUAAGUGAUUGUGUAAUGGCGCAUGCGUUUACCUGGCAUCUACAGCAGUAAAUAUAGCUUACUCACCGGUACAGUGAAUGAAACCAGUCGAUUUGAAUAUUAUAAAUUUAAAUCUAGAUCCCCCUCUCUCCCCUUGCAUCUACAAAUACUAAUUUAAUACGUCAAAUCGAGAAUGGCAUUUCUAUUAUUUAUUUAUGUUCAAUAAUGUCCUUGUGGUAAGGGACUGUUCUUUGAGAAAUGAGUUAUAUACCAUUAACGAAUUUGCAAAGAGAUUGUUGACGAAUUAUUUGUAGGUGCAAAAUACGAAGAUUGUUGACCCAUUGGACUAGGCUCAGUUUGCAAGGUAGCGGUUUAUCACUAACUCGUGAUAAUAAUUCAAUAAUAGUCGAACAUUGGCAGAUGCAUUCAUAUAAACGACGCGAGAAUUGAAAUUAAUGUUUUUAAUUAAAAUACCAAUAUUCGGACUGGUGACCGAAUAAAUGUUUUUGGCUCGGUUCUAGUUCCUGCUUCGUCAAGGUUCCUGGCAAUGUCCGACAAUGUUUUUUUCCAUCCGGACACCGAAGAUAUAUUUCAUGGUACGGUACUGGCUUGGGAUUAGUUUGGCAAUCGAUUCAUCUCCUGCCAUUUUGUAUGGAUAAAAAAUUUCCUCACCUUGUGAUUAAUACUUGUGCCAUUCCAUUGUUUCAAAAAAUAGUUCAAGCAAUGUCAGUGGGUAAUAGUUUCGGUACAGGGAAUUAAGUUAAAUAUUAAAACUUUACGACGAUGGAAGUUUUCUCAUCAAAAAGUGAUUCGAUUCAGCAGUUAAUCUUACUACAAUUUUUUUUCUAAAUGUCACUAACCGAUGAACAUAAUUUGGUGUAAUGGGUCAACACACGUUGCAGUAUACAUGAUAUAUAGGAUACUAUAAUAACGUCGUUAAUUAAGUCGUAUUUAAUUUACCCGAAAGUGAUAAUUUUAUUAGCAUUAUUUUUAUUUCUAAACAUAACAAAUAUUACAUCGUGGUAGAUAAGAUACAGUAUUUAUCAAUACGAGAUUCGAAUGAAAAUCUAGGGCCUCUAUUUUUAUUUGUAAGUUUGUCUCGUCGAAUAUUUUCUUUUAUAUUAAGUGAAGAGAAAAUUUAUGAAUAAUGAAUGUUUUACACUUGUAUUAUAAAGAUAUUUGCAAAUAACGAUAAAGGGGUCUUGUCUAAAAA